CUUUACAAGAUUUUAUCUAAGGUCCUGGCUAAUCGACUCACGCAAAUUUUGGCCAAAGUGAUUAAUGAGUUUCAGAGUGCUUUUGUUCCUGGGAGGUUAAUCACGGAUAAUGUUAUGGUGGCUACUGAGUGCUUCCACUCAAUGAAAGGCAAGAUAAAAGGGAAGAAAGGCUUUAUGUCAGCCAAAUUGGACAUCUCAAAAGCUUAUGAUAGGGUGGAAUGGGACUUUCUAGAGUUUAUUAUGCUUAAAUUGGGGUUCAAUGACAGAUGGGUGGCGAUGAUUAUGGCUUGUGUUAAGAUUGUUUCCAACUCGAUUAUGGUUAAUGGCUUUUAAACAUAGACCUUUUUUCCUACUCGAGGGUUGAGACAAGGAGAUCCAAUAUCCCCUUACUUAUUCUUAUUCAUUGCGGAGGGGUUAUCUACUCUAAUUUCGAAGGCUGAGAGAGACAAGAGGAUAGCAGGAAUACAAGUUAAAAGAGGAGCUCCUACGAUCUCUCAUCUACUCUUGGCAUAUGACAGUGUUCUGUUUACAAAAUCCAUGACUCCAGAAUGUAUACAAUUGAGACAUAUCCUGACCCUGUAUGAACAGGAAUCUGGACAGAAGGUGAAUCUUGAGAAAUCCAAAAUUUCUUUCAGCCCUAAUGUGGAGGAGGUAAAAAGGCAGGAACUGGCUGCCAUUCUUGGAAUGAAGGUACCUUUUCAUACCAAAUAUCUCGGCCUACCCACUAUAGUUGGAAGGAGGAAGGAGGUUUUCAGCUAUCUUGUUGACAGGGUCAGAAGGAAGGUGAAGCUGUGGAAAUAGAAAUUGCUUUCUUUUGGAGGGAAGGAGGUCUUGAUAAAGGCGCAGUAGCCCAAGCACAAAUGACUUACGCAAUGCAGGUUUUCCUAAUCCCUAUAUCAGUAGCUCAAGAAAUUCAGAGUAUCGUUUCGAACUUCUGGUGGGGACAACAAGACUCAGAAUGCAGGACUCAUUGGGUUAGUUGGCAAGAGCUGUGUAGAUCCAAGAAACUAGGGGGUCUUGGAUUCAGGAAUUUGCAUGAUUUUAAUAUUGCUCUUUUAGGAAAACAGUUGUGGAAGAUGAUUCAAAAUCCAACUUCUUUAGUCUCAAGAGUGAUGAAGGCCAAGUAUUUUCUGACUUGUGACAUCUUGGAAGCAGAAGGAGGGUAUAACCCUAACUAUAUUUGGAGGAGCAUCCUAGCUGCUAAAGAAUUCAUGAAGGAAGGAUUGCGAUGGAGAGUAGGAAAUGGAAACAAAAUUGAUAUUUGGCAGGACAAAUGGGUUCCUACCUCCCUAAACUAUCGAGUUCAAUCGCCAGUUUCCUUAUUUGUCUCAAACACAUAAGUGAAUGAGCUUAUGGACACAGAGACGAGAACCUGGAAUCAUGCUCUAUUACAAACUCAUUUUCUCCCUCAAGAUAAACAAAAUAUUUUGAGAAUCCCAAUAUUGAGACAACCAGCAGAAGACAAGAGAAUCUGGGGAAGGGAUAAAUCUGGUCUAUACUCUGUGAAGUCGACUUAUAAGGCGUUGAGAGCUAGCAAAGAGGCAGAAAUGGGAGAAAUCUACACCCCUAUUAACUGGGAACGAAUUUGGAAGCUCCAAAUCCCUCCUAAAGUUAAAGUGUUUGCAUGGAGAUGGAUUCGCAAUAUCAUACCAACAGGAGCUAAUAUUCUUAAGAGAACGACUAAAGGGUGCGAUGAAUGUCCAUUUUGUGGACAAGAGGAGACACAAAACCAUCUCUUUCAAGAUUGUAGUUGGGUUAGGAGAGUUUGGUGCCCUAGUUCCUUAAAGCUUUGUUUCCAGAAGGGUAAGGAUCUAACCUGCGAAGAGUGGAUGGUGGCUCUCCAGGAGACCGAGACCGAGUCUGACGAGCAGAUAGUCCUAUUUCUGGCGGCCCUCUGGUUCAUAUGGGGAGAACGGAACAGUCAGUGUUGGAACAAGAAGAAACUGGAGGAAUUCAAAAUAAUGGGAAAAGCGGAGCGUUGGUUGGAUGAGUACCUGGAAUAUCAGCAAAAAGGAUCGGAGACGGCUCCCAGGCAUGUGGCUCGAUGGAAACCUCCAGACAUUGCCGCUUUCAAGAUCAAUGUCGACGCAGCAACGUUUGCCGGAGCUGGCACCGGGUUGGGGAUUGUGGUUCGGGAUAGAAAUGAGGGUUUUUGUUGUGCUGCGGUUAGAAGAACAAGAAUUCAAUGGCCAGCGGAAUUAGCUGAGUUGCAAGCUAUAAAGUUUGGAUUAGAGAUUGCGAUGGAGAAGGGUUUUGUGCCUGGAGAAAUGGAUUCGGAUUGUCUCAGGGCUGUGCAACAAAUUGAAAAGGAAGAGAUGUCGAUGUUGGAGGAAGGAGUGGGGAGCGCUGAAGUGCGAGAGAUGAUCGACAAUUUCGAUGGGUCGAUGGAGAUCCGGUUUGAGGGCCGAGAAAGCAAUAAGGCGGCCCACACUAUGGCCCAUAUCCAACGUGGGUGGGAUGAAACUGAACUUUGGGCCUCUAGGCCACCAAUUUUCCUGGUGGACCAACUUAUCCUUGAUUCCUGUAAUAUUUCACAUUAAUGAAAUAAUACAGGUUGUUCUAUAAAAAAAAACACUGUUAAAGAAUUGGACGGAACUGGCUAUAAGUGGUAUUUCUAAAAAAAUGGUUAUUAUUGGCACAAACGCGAAAGUUUUGGCUAUACAAGUAUAUUUUGCCUUUUUAUUAUCAUAUAUUUGUGUUUGUAAAUUAAGUGAAGUUGUGAAUAGGAUUAUUGACGGUUACGGUUUAAUCAAGUUUGGAUCUAUUAAGUUAUGGGUUAAUCAAGUUGUGUAUUAAUCGGGUUAAGAUUAAUCGAGUUGCAGACCAGUUGAUUUACAGGUUGAUCGAUUUGCGGAUCAAUUGGGAUAUAGGUCCAACGAAUUACGAAUCACUAAAUUUUAGUCAAUUCAAAUAGCUGCCGAGUUACGAAUCGAGUUGAUCAAACAGUUUACUUGUAUCAUAUUUUUUUUUGGGACAUGUGUCUAUUAUUAACUGUAUAUAUAAAAUCAGGCCAAGAUCAGGUGACUAAGUGAAUCUCAGCCACUCAACCUCAUUUAAAUCCAAGGGCUUCUAUUAAUUCAAUUUAAUGAAGGGUAAUGUAGUAA